AUGCUCCCUGAAAUGGGUGAACCUCCUCAGUAUGCCCAGCUAUACAUUUUUGACACAAAUAAUGAGGUUGAAAACAAAUUAUAUUUUUUUAGGGAUAAUAAAAAGCUUGAAAAGGAUAUGGUAACCAGCUUGAAACAGAUGUUGGACGAGAACAAUGUUCAAGCAAAAGCAUUUAGAAUGGAAAGGGAUAUUUUGAAGGAGACUACCUUCCAUGACUUGAAGUUGAAGCUCAUUACAAGUAGGCCAGGUGACGAUCACGUGUAUAACACGCCCACAGUUUCGGAAGUCGUGGCUCAAAUUGUUGGUGAUAUAGACUCUGCUGAACUGAGGGACAUCAUAAUCCAUUAG